GCGGGCCGGUGGGGGCAGGGCUGGCCCUGGCCGGGGGGGUGGGACCGGGGUGGGGCGAACCCUUGGCCCGGAGUCUCGCCAGCGACCGGACCGGGGCCUCCCUCCGACCAGCGGGGCCGGAGCAGGGUUUCUGCGCUGAAAUGGCCAGCCAGUGCGGAGCCAGGAUGGCGAAGGAGAUGCGGGCGCAGUACGAGCCGGUGGCGGAGAUCGGCGUCGGCGCCUACGGCACCGUCUACAAGGCCCGGGACUUGCAGACCGGCAAGUUCGUGGCCCUCAAGAACGUGCGCGUCCAGACCAACGAGAACGGGCUGCCGCUCUCCACCGUGCGCGAAGUGGCGCUGCUCAAGCGGUUGGAGCAUUUCGACCACCCCAACAUCGUCCGGUUGAUGGAUGUCUGUGCCACCACCCGGACGGAGCGCGAGACCAAGGUGACGCUGGUGUUUGAGCACGUGGAUCAGGACCUGAAGACGUAUCUGGACAAGACGCCGGCUCCUGGCUUGCCAGUGGAGAAGAUAAAGGACCUGAUGCGCCAGUUCCUGAGCGGCCUGGACUUCCUGCACUCAAAUUGCAUCGUGCACCGCGACCUGAAGCCGGAGAACAUCCUGGUGACCAGCAGUGGGCAAGUGAAGCUGGCUGACUUCGGCCUGGCCCGGAUCUACAGCUGCCAGAUGGCCCUGACCCCUGUGGUGGUUACCUUGUGGUACCGCGCCCCGGAAGUGCUGCUCCAGUCGACCUACGCCACCCCCGUGGACAUGUGGAGCGUCGGCUGCAUCUUUGCCGAGAUGUUCCGGCGAAAGCCCCUCUUCUGUGGCAACUCAGAAGCCGACCAGCUGGGCAAGAUUUUUGACAUGAUCGGGCUCCCGGCAGAGGACGACUGGCCCCUGGACGUGGCCCUGCCACACUGCGCCUUCACAGCACGCUUCCCGCAGCCCGUGGAAAUGUUUGUGCCAGAGAUGGAGAAGCUGGGGGCGCAGCUUCUCUUGGAGAUGCUGACCUUUAACCCCUACCAGCGGAUCUCGGCCUUCAACGCACUGCGUCACCUUUACCUCCAGGACAAGAGCCUGGUGGAGGGGUAACGCCCCAGCGCCCCCCUCUCCCCUCCACGGGGACCCAACGGAGGACUCGGGAUAGUGCCAGUUCUGCACCCGCCCCACGCCCCCGGGGGGGCACAGCCACCAGCACGCACAUGGAGACGGACUCGAGCAGGGAGCGAGACGCCUCCUCCCCGGUGGCGUCUCCCCCCACCCCCCACGGGUGCCUGGUCCCGGGCAGGCCUAGCUCUGUUUAAGGUCAGUUUGUGUUGGGAAGGGGCCCGGCGGGGCCUCACCCGAGUUCUCACGGACACUUUGAGUAGCCCUUUGUAACCGUUUACAAGAUAACUGUUGCUGCCUUAUCACAUUCCAGCCUCCUGCCGCUGGUCUCAGCUCUUCCCACCCCGCUAGCGAGGGGCUGAGAGCAGCCCGACAGACCCCUCCCCCUCCCCACACUCGGGGCAGGUGUUUUUUUGUUUGUUUUUUUACAAUAAAUAUUCGCGCGCGGUUUUUCUACUACCAGGGCGGUGGCCAGGGCGAGCCGCCGGAUUGGUGCACGUGUGACAGUUGCUUCCCCGAGGGUGGAUUGGGGAAUCCCGGGGGGAGGAGGGGGUGUUCCCUCCCCCGGGGCCGGGAAUCGACAGUUUAUAUUUAUAAUGAUUUUUCUCAGACACUUAACUUUGUUUUUUUUUUUUAAUCGGCUCUAAAAAUGGUAAGAGUCUAAUAAAGGGAAGGCAGGGGGAUGGGAGGGCAGCGCCCGGGCAGACCUGGCUGCCCUCGCGUCUGGCCCCACCCCAGCCUGCUUUGUCACUUG